GGGGGGCGGCCUCCCAUGGGAGGAACAGGAAGGGAUGGCCGUCGUGUUGAUGGUGCUGACUUUGGCCCUGCAGGCAGCAGCCCGGAGCUGAGCGGCGGACACGCAGGGCCGGAGCAGUCGGGGUCUCUGGAGCUCAGCGCUGCGCUGGAGCCUGAAUCCCCGUGUCCUUCUGCUGAGGAAGAGGAGGAGGAAGAGGAGGAUGAGGAGGAGGAGGUGGCUGACAGCUGCACGGAGGCUUCAGCUGCUCCAGAAGGAGAGAGCAAGGAGGAGGCCGCCCCGCUGAGUACAUCGGUGGGAGGCGAUGUCCCACGCAGGCGCAUUGCCACCCCCGAGGAGGUGCGCUUCCCCCUGCAGCAUGGGUGGAGGAGAGAGGUGCGCAUCAAAAGGGGGAACCACCGCUGGCAGGGAGAGACGUGGUACUACGGGCCGUGUGGGAAGAGGAUGAAGCAGUUCCCGGAGGUGAUCAAGUACCUGAACAGGAACGUGGUGCAGGAUGUCCGCCGUGAGCACUUCAGCUUCAGCCCCCGAAUGCCGGUGGGGGAUUUCUAUGAGGAGCGAGACACGCCAGAGGGCCUGCAGUGGGUGAAGCUGAGCCCCGAGGAGAUCCCGUCCCGUAUCCAAGCCAUCACCGGGAAGCGCGGCCGACCCCGCAACGCCGAGAAGGCGAAGCCCAAAGAGCUGCCUGCCAUGAAGCGCGGCCGCGGGCGGCCCCCAAGGUCCGGAUGGUGGAUCUGCUGAGCAAGACGGACG